GCCACAGAAAGCUUGGGUAUUUCUCAAUUCGUGACCAUUUUCAUAGUUCAUAGUGGCAGUGAUAUAGUAGAGCUUAAAGAAUAUAUUACAUGUGAUAUUUGCGGAGCAGAGGUUAUUCCUGAAGAAUUUGUAGGGCAAGUCAUUUGGUAUAUUGGUGACAGGACUACUAUGUU